AUGCCCUCUUACUUUUACCACCUGAGUCUCGAAAUUCUGCCAAGCCCAAAAUCAUCUCAAGCUUCAUCAUUGGUCCUAGAAUCCGCGUGGGAAGCUCUCCUACCAUUUCAGAAGCGAUCCGGGCUGUCAAGCUCCAGCCCACUACCAGGCCCAAGCGACUUCCAAAGCAGCAACCAAACCUCGAUUACGAACCUCACACUUGACAAAAGAACACAACGACCGCACAUCUCUACAAGCUCUUAUAUUUCUACACGAACGGCAAAGGACACACAAGCCGACAUCCGCUGCGGCGCCAUCGUCAUCGAGUGCAUCGACAUGGUGGCGCCAGAAGAUGGCCUUGCGAAACGCAGCUCGAAGCACGGUAGCCUCUCCACCACCGAUGAAAACCUUGUCGCAGCAGGUAUUGGGACCGAUAUCCUAGGUGGCUUACGCACCAAGGGUCGAUACAUUCCACUCGACCAAAAAGUCGCCGAUAGCGUCUUCGGCAUCGUUCACCUGUACCGCGAUGCGCAAGAGUCUCCCUACCUCGCUGGUAAUGAAGACGACUACCCAACCUACCUCAAAGGCUCUGCUGCCGCUGCACGACAUCCUGGUGAGCGGCAGGCUGGCUAUCAGCCGUUGAUGAGUGGGGCCAACACAGGGCAGCUUCGCGGCCGGGGUAAGGAAGCUUCCUAUCCAUUCCCUGUUACGGCUUCGGCCUCGGUUGAAGAAGAGGACUGUACGACGCUGUGCAUUCUAGCGGUUCCUUCGUACUUGUCGCCAUCGGACUUUUUAGGAUUCGUGGGUGACAAAACGAGGGACUCUGUUAGCCAUUUCCGCAUGAUCAGGACACCAAGGGCCAAUCGAUAUAUGGUCCUACUCAAGUUUCGCAGUGCGAAGAAAGCAAAAGAGUGGCAAAAGGAGUGGAAUGGGAAGGUAUUCAACAGCAUGGAGCCUGAGACAUGUCACGUUGUUUUUGUCAAGUCGGUUGAGAUUCAGGUCGUCGAGCCUGGCUCGCCGUCUGCUUUUUCUCCUAACGAAUCAUCUGCUGGGCAAUCAAAGCUUACCGGUAAACCAUUAGCGCCACCAACACCGGCGCUGAUUGAGCUGCCCACAUGCCCUGUCUGUCUUGAGCGAAUGGACGAGACAACCGGCCUCUUAACAAUCAUCUGCCAGCACGUCUUCCAUUGCAUGUGUCUCCAAAAAUGGAAAGGCAGCGGCUGCCCUGUGUGCCGUUAUACACAGGACGACUUUCGCAAAAGCGGGAUGGCAGCCGACGGCGAUCAAGAACCAGCUGAGUGCUCAGUCUGCCACACUGAAGAUAAUCUUUGGGCAUGCUUGAUCUGUGGCACUGUCGGCUGUGGCCGCUAUGAUGGCGCACACGCAUUUGACCACUGGAAAGCAACCGCGCACGCCUUCGCCAUUGAUCUGAAUUCUCAGCGCGUAUGGGAUUACGUCGGGGACGCCUAUGUGCACCGUAUCAUCCAGAGUAAAUCCGACGGCAAGUUGGUUGAGCUCCCCGCCGCCGACCACAGCGCACUCGACCCACCGGACUGGGGCGAUGCAGUACCGCGUGAGAAGCUCGAGAACAUGAGCGUCGAAUAUACACAUCUACUCACUAGUCAACUCGAAAGCCAGCGAGCGUACUUUGAAGAAGUCGUCGAACGCGCAGCUGACAAGGCAUCACAGGCCAGUGCAGCAGCCGCAGCAGCCGAAGAAGCAGCGAUGGCCGCAUCCGCUCGUCUCAUCGAGAUGCAGACGAGAUUUGAAACUCUUUCCUCAGAGACAAUACCCAGUCUCGAGCGCGAUCGCACUCGGCUCGAGAAGCGUGCUGAUAAAUUUGAAGCCAUGGCCCGUGCUAUGGAAAAGGAUUACCGCGAAGAAAAGACCAUAAACCAGAGUCUUAUGGAAAGACUUGAGAUCCUCACCAGUGAGAAUCGGACGCUUAAGGCUGAGAAGACGGAUCUUGAAGAGCAGAAUCGGGAUCUUACAUUCUUCAUCAGUGGGAGUCAGCGCCUGCAGGGGCAGAGUGAUGACAUUGUUCAGGGCACUGUCAGUGUUCCUGAGCCUGAAGUUAAGAAGAAGAAGAACAAAGGGAAGGGGAGGAAGUAG